CCCUUUCUGGGUGCCAGCCCACCCAGCUUCUCCAGCUCGGCUGCCCUUCCCCAGGUUCCAGGCUGGGUGGUGGGGGUGGUGCCCGUGGCUCCCCUUUAGGCCAGAGGUGCCCCAGGUGCCAGGGCCCGGAGGGCUGCCGCUCGCUCCCCAUGGCCCUGCCAUCGCUCCUGCUGUUGGUGGCGGCCCUGGCAGGUGGGGUGCGACCUCCCGGGGCGCGGAACCUGACCCUGGCCGUGGUGCUGCCAGAACGCAAUCUGAGCUAUGCCUGGGCCUGGCCCCGCGUGGGUCCUGCUGUGGCCCUGGCCAUGGAGGCGCUGGGCCGGGCGCUGCCGAUGGAGCUGCGGGUGGUCAGCUCGGAACUGCAGGGUGUCUGCUCUGAGUACCUGGCGCCGCUGCGCGCGGUGGACCUCAAGCUGUACCACGACCCCGACCUGCUAUUGGGCCCUGGGUGCGUGUAUCCCGCGGCCUCCGUGGCCCGCUUCGCCUCCCACUGGAACCUUCCCCUGCUGACAGCGGGCGCCGUGGCCUCUGGCUUUGCGUCUAAGAAUGACCAUUAUCGCACCCUGGUGCGCACGGGUCCCUCAGCACCCAAGCUGGGGGAGUUUGUGGUGACGCUGCACGGGCACUUCAACUGGACGGCCCGUGCUGCCCUGCUGUACCUGGACGCGCGCACCGAUGACCGGCCUCACUACUUCACCAUUGAGGGCGUCUUCGAGGCUCUCCAGGGGAGCAACCUCACGGUGCAACAUCUGGUGUAUGCGCGCGAGCCGGGAGGCCCGGAGCAGGCCACGCACUUCAUCCGGGCCAACGGCCGCAUUGUGUACAUCUGUGGCCCUUUGGAGAUGCUGCAUGAGAUCCUGCUUCAGGCCCAGAGGGAGAACCUGACCAAUGGAGACUACGUCUUCUUUUACCUGGACGUCUUCGGGGAGAGUCUCCGCGCAGGCCCCACACGCUCUCCUGGCCGGCCAUGGCAGGACAACCGCACCCAGGAACAGGCCCAGGCCCUCAAAGAGGCCUUCCAGACGGUGCUGGUGAUCACCUACCGGGAACCCCCCAAUCCUGAGUACCAGGAAUUUCAGAAUCGUCUGCUGAGAAGAGCACGGCAAGAUUUUGGUGUGGAAUUGGCCCCUUCCCUGAUGAACCUCAUCGCCGGUUGUUUCUACGAUGGGAUCAUGCUGUAUGCGGAGGUCCUGAAUGAGACCGUACAGGAAGGGGGAACCCGGAAAGAUGGCCUGCGAAUCGUGGAGAAGAUGCAGGGACGAAGAUACCAUGGUGUGACCGGGCUGGUUGUUAUGGACAAGAACAAUGACCGAGAGACUGAUUUUGUCCUGUGGGCCAUGGGAGACCUGGAUUCUGGAGACUUCCAGCCUGCAGCCCACUACUCGGGAGCCGAGAAGCAGAUUUGGUGGACAGGGCGGCCUAUCCCCUGGGUGAAAGGGGCGCCCCCCUUGGACAACCCCCCCUGUGCCUUUGACUUGGACGACCCGUCCUGUGAUAAAACUCCACUCUCCACUCUGGCCAUUGUGGCGCUGGGCACGGGCAUCACCUUCAUCAUGUUUGGGGUUUCCAGCUUCCUUAUUUUCCGUCCUUACAGAAAACUCAUGCUGGAGAAGGAGCUGGCGAGCAUGCUCUGGCGCAUUCGCUGGGAGGAGCUGCAGUUUGGCAACUCGGAGCGCUGCCAUAAAGGUGCAGGCAGCCGCCUGACUCUGUCGCUGCGGGGAUCCAGUUACGGCUCGCUCAUGACAGCCCAUGGGAAAUACCAGAUCUUUGCCAACACCGGUCACUUCAAGGGAAAUGUUGUUGCCAUCAAACAUGUGAAUAAGAAGCGCAUUGAGUUGACCCGGCAGGUUCUGUUUGAACUCAAGCAUAUGAGAGAUGUUCAGUUCAACCAUCUCACUCGCUUCAUUGGUGCCUGUAUAGACCCUCCCAACAUCUGUAUUGUCACAGAGUAUUGUCCUCGUGGGAGUCUGCAGGAUAUUCUGGAGAAUGACAGCAUCAACUUGGACUGGAUGUUCCGUUAUUCACUCAUUAACGACCUUGUUAAGGGCAUGGCCUUUCUCCACAACAGCAUUAUUGCAUCCCAUGGGAGUCUCAAGUCCUCCAACUGUGUGGUGGAUAGUCGUUUUGUGCUCAAAAUCACAGACUAUGGCCUGGCCAGCUUCCGAUCAACCGCAGAACCUGAUGACAGCCACGCCCUCUAUGCCAAGAAGCUGUGGACUGCCCCAGAACUUCUCAGUGGGAAUUCCUUGCCAACUGCCGGCAUGCAGAAGGCUGAUGUCUAUAGCUUUGGGAUCAUCUUACAGGAGAUAGCUCUUCGAAGUGGUCCUUUCUACUUGGAGGGACUUGAUCUCAGUCCCAAAGAGAUUGUGCAGAAGGUCCGAAAUGGUCAGCGACCUUAUUUCCGACCAAGCAUCGACCGGACCCAACUGAACGAAGAGCUAGUUUUGCUGAUGGAGCGAUGUUGGGCCCAGGACCCAGCAGAGCGACCUGACUUUGGGCAGAUUAAGGGCUUCAUUCGCCGCUUUAACAAGGAGGGGGGCACCAGCAUCCUGGACAACCUCCUGUUGCGUAUGGAGCAGUACGCCAACAACCUGGAGAAGCUAGUGGAGGAGCGCACGCAGGCCUACCUGGAGGAGAAGCGCAAGGCAGAGGCGCUGCUCUACCAAAUUCUGCCCCACUCGGUGGCAGAGCAGUUAAAGCGGGGUGAGACUGUGCAGGCAGAGGCCUUUGACAGUGUCACCAUCUACUUCAGUGACAUUGUGGGCUUUACCGCGUUGUCAGCAGAGAGCACCCCCAUGCAGGUGGUGACACUUCUUAAUGACCUGUACACCUGCUUUGAUGCCAUCAUCGACAAUUUUGAUGUUUACAAGGUAGAGACAAUUGGAGAUGCCUACAUGGUGGUAUCUGGCCUCCCUGGCCGAAAUGGCCAACGCCAUGCUCCAGAAAUUGCUCGCAUGGCCCUCGCAUUGCUAGAUGCAGUUUCUUCCUUCCGCAUCCGCCACCGGCCCCAUGACCAGCUGAGAUUACGCAUCGGGGUCCACACAGGACCUGUCUGUGCUGGGGUCGUUGGCCUGAAGAUGCCCCGCUAUUGCCUUUUUGGAGACACAGUGAACACAGCGUCCCGAAUGGAGUCUAAUGGUCAGGCCCUGAAGAUUCAUGUCUCCUCCACCACCAAAGAUGCCCUGGAUGAGCUUGGAUGCUUCCAGCUAGAGCUUCGGGGGGAUGUGGAGAUGAAGGGAAAAGGCAAGAUGCGAACUUACUGGCUUUUGGGAGAGCGGAAAGGACCUGCGGGGCUCCUGUAAGGCCCACUUCCUCUCAACUCAUACCGUCUCUAUGGCUGGAGCCUGGGUGGGCAGAGGCCACUAUUUCUUCACAUACCAAAAAAGGACACUAUCACAUGAGCUGGAAACCAGCGAGCCCCCAAACCCAACCUCGUCUGGAAUUUGUUGCCUUUGCAGCUCAGCCUUGUACAUAGACCUGCCCCCGCCCCCCCCCCCCCCAUUUUUUGCCUGAUUCCCCUUCCUUUCGACCUUCUGUACAUAUCUGUAUCUAAA